AUGACCCAAGAAGAUUAUGAUUUCCUUUAUAAGAUUGUUUUAAUAGGAGAGAGUGGAGUUGGAAAGUCUAACUUACUGUUAAGAUUUACACGAAAUGAAUUUGAUGCAGAAAAACGAUCGACUAUUGGAGUUGAAUUUGCCACACGCUCAAUUCAACAUGAAGGGAAAGUCAUUAGAGCACAAAUUUGGGAUACUGCAGGACAAGAAAGAUAUCGAGCCAUUACAAAUGCAUAUUAUAGAGGAGCAGUUGGAGCAUUAGUUGUUUAUGACAUUACAAAAGAAAAUACAUUUAAAUCUAUUGAACGAUGGUUAAGUGAAUUAAAAGAUAAUGCCGAUCCAAAGAUUGUUAUAAUGAUUAUUGGGAAUAAAGCAGAUCUUGCUCAAACAAGAGAAGUUGAAGAAGCAACUGCCAAAGAGUUUUGUCAAAAACAAAAUCUCUUUUUCUUUGAAACAUCUGCUUUAGAUGGUACUAAUGUAGAAACAGCCUUUAAAUCACUUCUAGUUGAAAUUUUUAAACAAAAUGCAUCUGCUGUUGAAGAAAGUUCAAAUGAUAAACCAACUGAAAAACCUGAUGUAGUUCCAAUUGAACCAUCUCCAAAAGAAAAUAAAGGAGGAUGUUGCUAA